AUGCCUUUGCAAAAGCUCUUCCACGCCGACAACUGCUGUCAUCACCACGUGGUGGAGUCGUCCAUCUUCAAAACUUCGGAUGUCAAAACGCUGCUCUGCUCGAUGAAAGAGUUUGCUCCGCACGCCGUCAGAUCGCCCUUCCCCACGUCUUCUGACUAGUUUCUCCCUUUUUCAGACAAUCACUCAACUGCCGGACAAAUUGAUACGUCAAUUGGAAGCAAUUGAAGAAACUCGGAAGAGGAGAAGCUGAAGAAGAUUAUCGAAUUGACAAAGUUUCCGCUGAGUAAGUGAAACACUUUGGGAGAAUUUGUAGAAUUAAUUUUACAGGAUUGUACGGAACAUUAGAGCAAUUCCACAAAGACGUUACCGACAUCCGCGCUUUCUCCGCCUACUGGGAACAUUAUGGUUCCGAGGAGAGCCUGAUAAUCAAUAUGGUAUUUCUAUUUCUCCGAAAGCUAAGAAAGGUAAACUUUUCAGAGCACUUCCACGCAGUUCGUUAGCUUGCGCGGCAAUCAUUUCUUUCCGAAGAAUGACGUUUCCGAGAUUCUAUUCACAUAUCUUCUAAGUCAUUUCAAAUCGACGGAGAGCGUCCUGCUCGUCACUAUUGUCCUAUUCUACGUGAAGCACAUCGGAAGACAGCUCUCGUCGUGCUACGAGUUCAUUCCGCUCGAUCACUUUUUGUCUGUGCGCGAUGAGCUCAUUAAUACUAUCAAAAGCACCGAUUUGGUAAUAGAGAGAGAGAGAGUAGGGCAUUUUCAUAGUUGCGUACAUCUUUUCAGAAUAGACUGAGUAAAGAAGACAAGGAAAAACUUGGAUUCACAUUUUCCUAUGGGAAACCGUAUGAAAUUGCGAAGCACUGGAAGAAAUUGAUGGAGCCGUUCUUCGACGCGAAAAGACAUUCGGCCUUCCGCAACCAUUUGGACGAUCUCGGCAAUACUCACUUGUUUGUGUGGAUGCAGAAGGGAAGGGAGAGUUUUGCCUACCUCAAUUGUGCACUUGCUAUCCGUUCUCUCGAAAAAGUCGUCAAUGCGCAUCCCGAAGUGUUUCUCCCGUUCACGGACAAGGCAAACGUUGAAAAGAAGGGCAAGAAGAUGCCAGUUACCGUCCGAGUGUUUAAAGAGACGAUGUGGGAAUGCGUGCUUGUUUCGGAGCUCCAGAAAGCGAUGCGACUCGUCUUGAACUCGGAGAAAGUGACGCUGAUCGAUGAGAAAGAUCCGAAUUCGUCCAAGUUCCUGUUGUGCAUGCCGAUGAAAGAAGUGAUUUCGACACUGGAAAAACACAAAGUGAAAGUGAAUGAUAUUGAAGUGAGCGAUUUAUAAGUUGCAAAAUUGCUCCUACUUUUGUCCCUCCAGUUUAUCGUAACUUCAAUUCCAAGAGUCAAACACGCUCCCGUCCCGAUCGUUUCGCCGUCCGGAGUUCUGUGCAAGCCAGCGUUGGAUAUGCUUUGUCAGGUGUUGCGCACGCUCAUGUUCGAAGUGAAACUGUUCCAACGAACCAAAGGGGACUGGAAACUGAUUGAAGAGACGGUCUCCGUCUUCUACCAGUGGUUCCGCAAUGAUUGCGUACGUUUACAGUGUAUCUUUUCGAGGCCGUUCAUCAGAUGUUUCAGAAAUACGUCUACUUCAUCACAAACGAUGAACUGAAACAAAUCGAAGCGACUUUGGGACGGCUCCGAUUGAAGUUCGGCACGAUUCCGGCGAAAGACGUACGAAACGCUAAAGUCGACGGCUUCACGGUGGACAAUCUGAAAAACGAACUGAAGCAUCUGGGACUGGACGAAUGUUUGCCGAACAUUGUCUAUAAGGCUGACGUGGCCUACGCAGUGAUCAGUCACGUGAAAGUCGGACCCGUGCUCCAGACAUGCGACCUCGUCGACGCCAUCCAUGCGUGUCUCGUCUACUGUGUCUUCGAAAAGCUGCCAAAGGUCCGUAAAUCCAUUCAAUGCUAACAAAAACGUGUCAUCCUUGUUUAAGCUCGCCGAGUUCAUUCACUACCAACAGCACUGUAUUGUCAUGGGCGCCUACGCCUGCAGACUGUGCGACCAGAAUCCGCUGGACCGUCUCGAUGAAAAGUUUCUUCCGGACGAGCUGAAGGCGAAAAGCGAAAAAAUCGCCAUGAAAAUGCUGAUGGAAAUGAUGGGAGCCGCAGGAAUGAAGAAUGAAAAAGAAGAACCGGAAAAGAAAAAGCAGACGAAACAGAUCACUCCGAUGAAAGUGCCAGCAAAAGAAACGCCGGACAAAAAGGACAUUAAGAAGAACACUCCGGAAAAGCCGCCGUCGAACGUCACUUCUCCAGGCUGCAUGGGACAUAAAGUGAAAGCGGAGACGCAAAAAGAAUCCGGGUGCUGCAAAAAGUGCCUGCGAACGAGUGAGAUGUGUAAUCAAGCGAAAGAAGAGCUGAAAAUGGCAACGAGUCGAGUGAAGACGCUGGAAAAGAAGCUGAAAAAUGCGGAAAAGGAGAAAGAGAGAAGACUGACGGGCCAGGACGCAGUCAGUAAAGAGCUCAAAGAGUGAGUUGUGAAGGAAUCGACCUGUAUACCUAGAAUAAUUCAGAACGAAAGAGCUAGUAAGCACCUUGCAAAACAUGAAGAAACAGUUGUUGGAAGAGAGACGAACCGAGAAGAAGGAGAUGGUUGAGAGGUUCAAGCGCGAGAAGCAAGAGUUGGAGGAACAGAUGCGUCGGAAGGAAAACGAGUGAGCUAUGCACUGAUUCAGCCCUGAAUGUCAUUGGAAUCGUCAAUGUUUCAGACUCGUUCACGCGCAAAUCCGACUGGAGAUCGAGAACAAGGAGAAGGACAUGACGAUCCAGCUUCUUAUGGAUAGAAUAGCCAAAAUAAGUGCCAACAGCCACGCUCCAAAAGUGCAGACGGCGAACGAACUGGCGGAUACGGAAUGUCUCAUCUGUCUGUGCAAUGUGGAAAACGCCCAAGAGACGAUAAAAUGCAAUCUCUGCAAGAGAAGAUAUCAUUCGAAGGUGCCGGUAUAUACAGGAACCACAAACAUUUGAUGGCAUUUUCAGUGCGCCGCCGAUUGGCUCAAAGUGAAGAGCGUCUGCCCAGCCUGCCAUAGCGAUCUCGUCGCCCCGAGAGAGUCCCCCGGACAGUAG